AUGCGCGGGUCAUCAGCCACACUGCUUCGGUACCUGUUCCAGAAAUGGUGCAAUGCCAUCCUCGUGCGGAUCUUAAAACGGUAUCCGUGCUUCUACCGACUUUGUGGUACGCUGAGUCGCGUGGAAACACCUGAUUCUGUCCGCCAUUGUGAAUCCGUCGAGGGCCUAGAUCCUCUCCUCAAGCUGGGACCUUGGGGUGUCGCCUUUCUCGAAGCGGACGCCGUUUGGGUCCCCCCUUCCCCCGACCCCAUCGCCGCCUUCUGCCUCCCUCUCUUGAGUCCGACGUCCCCCAGUUCCAGCCUCGUCCGUCUUGAGUUCCCGCUGGAAGCGGCUGGACCCAUGCUGCACCCUUGA